CCGAAAUGGCAACCCCUAACAUCUUUUCAUCUAUAUCUUCAAUUUAACUAAAGCUACAUUAAAAAAGAAAAAAGAAAAAAAAAAUGCUUUCCAAUAACAAUCUCCAUCGUUUCACAGUAUUCUUCGUUCUCCUUCUCCCCUUGGAUCUUUCAUUUUGCGCGGAAAGCCCAAACGGAGCUUUUCCUUUUGCGUAUAAGCACGUCGUGAUCCGUAACGACAUGAUUUCGUCGAGAGCAACUCUGAGCGUUCACUGUAGAUACAAAGGCAAAGACUUGGGGCUUGUUAAGAUCCCUUACGACAGCAGUUGGGGAUUCAAGUUUCACGUCAACUUCUUCAAGACUACAAGGUACCGUUGCCAUUUCACGUGGCCCGGCCAGUCGAAAUGGUUCGAUGUGUUCAAAGUGUCGAGGGACGACACAGUCGGCGGUCCAUGGCCGGUCUGCAGGGAGUGCAUAUGGAGCGUCGACGGAGACACGUUCGGUGGACCUUGUCGGAUCAGACGGGACGGAAAACCCCCCUUCUGCUUUGGUUGGGAUGGGAAACCCUAGCUAAAUUAUGAACUGUAUUGUCGUGUCCUUCAUGUUUCGUGAAUAAUAAUAUCAUAGAAUAAAAUAAUCUAAUGUUAUUUGUGAUUCUUA